AUGUGUUGCAACUACUACGGUGGCUGUGGCUAUGGCUGUGGCUAUGGUUCUGGCUAUGGCUGUGGAUAUGGAUCUGGUUAUGGCUGUGGCUAUGGUUCUGGCUAUGGCUGUGGCUAUGGAUCUGGCUAUGGCUGUGGCUAUGGCUCCCACUAUGGCUGUGGCUAUGGUUCUGGCUAUGGCUGUGGCUAUGGAUCUGGCUAUGGCUGUGGCUAUGGCUCCCGCUAUGGCUGUGGCUAUGGUUCUGGCUAUGGCUGUGGCUAUGGUUCUGGCUAUGGCUGUGGCUAUGGAUCUGGCUAUGGCUGUGGCUAUGGCUCCCGCUAUGGCUGUGGCUAUGGCUGUGGCUAUGGAUCUGGCUAUGGUUGUGGCUAUGGCUCCCGCUAUGGCUGUGGAUAUGGUUCUGGCUGCUGUGGCUACUGGCCAUUUUGCUACAGAAGAUGUUAUUCUUCUUGCUGCUAG